ACUCACUACCCAAACAAUGUCACUGUACAAACCAGGCAAGAAUACACGAACCGCCUGAAAGUCUGAAACCCUCGCAAAACCUCAGAUCAUCUUCCUUCCUCCUUCCUCCUUCGUAGCUAAGCAAUUCAAGCUCGAUGUCGCUUCGAAGAUUACUCACUCACCAUCGCACUUCUCUCUCUCUCCUCCUCCAUUCUCGUAAUUUCUCUCACAUUUCCGCUUCUCAUCUCCGCCCCUCUCUCCUCGCUCCACCUUCCUCCGCCGAUAGCACCGCCGAUUUUCUCAAAGAUUUCCGCCGGGGUUUCGCCAAAGGACGCAAAUCAAAGGAUGAUGGUGGUGCUAGCACUACUCAAGUCACCGAAGACAUUGGGCCUGUUGUAAAGUCAACUGCCAAUUCACUUAUGGAGGCAGGUCUAGAUGCAUUAUCAAGAGAGCUAGCUAAGCUACGAACAGGAAGAGCGUCUAUAGGAAUGCUUGAUCAUAUCAUCGUGGACACAGGUGGUGUAAAGAUGAAUCUGAACCGAAUUGCUCUUGUCACCAUUAUUGACUCCAAAACCCUGUCGAUAACCCCUUAUGACCCAGAAACCAUCAAAGAAUUGGAAAAAGCCAUUGUUUCAUCUCCGUUAGGUUUAAAUCCAAAAGUAGAUGGUCAGCGGUUGAUAGCUGUUGUUCCUCCAUUAACCAAGGAGCACAUACAGGCCAUGUGUAAGAUUGUUGCCAAAUCAAGUGAAGAUGUCAAGCAAAGCAUUAGAAGAGCUCGCCAAAAGGCAUUGGAUACUAUAAAGAAAGCUGGUUACCCUAAAGAUGGUGCAAAAAGAUUGGAGAAAGAAAUUGAUGAGUUGACGAAGAAGUUUGUCAAGUCUGCUGAGGAUAUGUGCAAAGCAAAGGAGAAGGAGGUCUCUUCUGCUUAAACACAUUCAAUUUUUGUUCUAUUUGCUUAUUACCGAGGCUUUAGAUUGGAUGGUAUUGGUUUUCAAGGAUGCAGAUUCAGGAUCAUUGUACAUUUUGAAGCUUGUUGUAAUAGGAUGAUUUAAAGGUCAUUGUACUCCUUGAUAAAGCUUCUUUUUGGAAUAAAAUUAUUCACAUGUUCUUAGUA